AUGCGUUCUAGGAUAAUUAUUGUGUUGGUGAUAGCAGCAUGUAUCCUAACAACAUGGUUGUUUGCUCGCAUAUAUCAAGAGCUCCUCAAUGCUUAUGAACAAUCUGGCAGGCUCAUGGAUAUAGAAUAUUCAUGGUUGUUCCGCUUGUUACUAAAUAUUGGUGGUUAUCUUACUGUUUUACUACCAGGCUUCAUCCUGUACAAAUAUCUUGAUAAGUCCAAUUACUUUGAUAAGAUUGGUAACGCCACUCUCUUAUCCCGUGCUUUAAAUGCAUGUUUUGGAGAACCUAAUGAACGGUUACCGGACUCGGUGAAGCCAACAAAAAUAGACGAAACUCCUUCAAGGGAAGGAGCAGAAUUGGCUUUUUGCUUCACUGGGUUGAUGGGCGCGUAUCUCGUAUGGGGACUUCUGCAAGAAAAAAUUAUGACACAGAACUAUGUUAUGCCAGAUGGAACAUUGAUUAAGUUCAAUGAUUCUCAAUUCCUAGUAUUUAUCAAUAGAUCGCUUGCAUUUCUAGUGGCUCUAGGACGGUUAUUGAGUACGAAGCAAGCGCUUGUGUCGGCUCCAUUAUAUAAGUUCUCGUAUUGUUCUGUAACAAAUAUUAUCAGCACGUGGUGCCAAUAUGAAGCGUUGAAAUAUGUUAGCUUUCCAACACAGGUAUUAUCGAAGUCGUGUAAAGUGAUCCCAGUAAUGUUAAUGGGCAAAGUUAUAUCUAGGACCAAAUAUGAACUGUACGAAUAUGUGACCGCCGUCAUGAUAUCAGUAGGAAUGGUGCUUUUUAUGUUCGGCAGCCAUGAUGAUUACGCAGUGUCAACAGUGACAACUAUGUCUGGAUUGACACUCCUAGCUCUAUACAUGUUAUGUGACAGUUUCACAUCGUCGUGGCAAGGGGCCUUAUUUACUAGAUACAAUUGUACAUCACUACAAAUGCUUUGUGGUGUCAAUCUGUUCUCGUGCGCACUCACCGCAGCUGCGUUAGCGCAACACAACACGACAAUACACUCCCUUAGAUUGUUACAGCAUCCCGUGUUCGCGAUGGACUGCCUCCUGUUAUCAGCCAGUUCAGCGGUAGGACAAUUGCUGAUAUACCGGACCAUAGCCAGGUUCGGUGCCGUCGUGUUCACAAUUAUCAUGACUUUGAGACAGGCGGUAUCGAUCCUGCUGUCGUGCGUGGUGUACGGUCACCAGAUAUCGUGGGGGGGAGGGGCGGGCGUGUCGCUCGUGUUCGCGGCGGUGUUCCUGCGCGUCUACUGCAGGCACAGGCUGCGUAGGCGCAGGAACAUUAACAAGUAG